UAAGGAGGCCUCCCCGGAAAACGAUAACAGCAACCUUUACAAACAGCGAGGCCAAGGCCUUCGUCGUCGAGGUUAGACCGACAGAGACGCUCUUUUUGGUCGAAUUUGCUGGCAUUCACACCCGUAGAUCAGGGUUGCUCCAGACCAAGCAGUGCACGGUCAGACUCUUCCACUACCAGACGCGUUUUUCCGUAGCAUACAGCAUACAUCAGCAUACAAUACCCAUAAACGGUUCACCCGAAGCAUGUCGGACGAAGUUAUGACCGAAGCGGGGCCUCUACCGGCAGAGGGAACUCCGAGGUCUCCUCUGAAGCGGACUUCCGACAAUGCUGGCAUUACACCUUCACCAGUGCCAGAUAACACCGAAGUCACAAAGAAACACAAACCGGACCGCGAAGCAGCCCGAAUGGCCCAAGCGGCGGCGAAGACCCGUGAACGCGAAGAAGCAAAACGUCUCCGCGAAGAGGAGGUCCGCCGGAAGAAGGCCGAAAAAGAGGAAGAAUUGCGUCGCAAAAAGGAAGAAGAGCGCGCGAAGAAGGAAGAGGAAAGGUUGAGGAAGGAGGAGGAGAAGAAAGUCAAGGAGGCGGAGAAAGAGGCGGAGAGGAUGGCGAAGGAAGCGGAGAAGUUGAAGCAGAAAGAAGAGCGCGAAGCGAAGCAGCGGGAGAAAGAGGAAGCCAGGAAGGCGAAGGAAAAGGCAAAGGAAGAGGCGAAGAAGCAGGAACAAGAAGCCAAGCUGAAGAAAGAGAAGUCACAAAUGCGAUUGAACAACUUCUUCGCCAAGCCGGCAACACCAAAGAAGGCUUCUCCGGUGGAGGAGAAAGCGGGCGCACCACAGAGCGAUUUUGACAAGUAUUUCCAGCCAUUUUUCGUGAAACAGUAUACGGACAUCGCGCCUUUCUCUGCCUUCAAACGUGAGGAAGAUGCGUUGAAGGCCGGAGAGAACCAGAUUGAUAGAGCACUGGCACGGCCGCCAUCAGAAGUCGAGUCGACACCAAUACGGGAGAGACUAUCACAACUGUUACAUUUAACACCAUCCCGAAAACGAAGACGUGGUCGAAAACUGAAAUACACCGUCAAGCAACUGAUCCAAAACCUGAACAACCCCGACCUAAUCGACAGCACCUCUUCAAGUCAAUCCUCACCUGACCACAUCCUUGCCAUCCUCAACUCACCCCGGAAAAUCCCACAAAAGCAUCUCCAAUUCGCCGAAGACGUCAGACCAGCCUACUCCGGAACCUGGACCCGCCCAACGCACACCAUCACCGGUCGCCGCCCAUUCGCCCGAGACGCCCAAGUUCUUAACUAUGACUACGACUCCGAGGCCGAGUGGGAAGAAGAAGCCGACGGUGAAGAAAUCCUCUCUGAUCUCGAUGACGACGAGGCGAUGACUGAGGACGGUGAGGAUGAGGAGGAUCAAGCGUUUUUGGAUGAUGAGGAGGAUGUGCAGAAGAAGAGGGUUGCGGGGCAAUUGGUUAGUGUUGUCAAGGGUCCUGUGUGGGAGAGUGGUUCGGAGGUGUUUGGGGGGAUGAGGGUGGAGGUUAUCUUGGAGGUACCGGAGGGGGAGGGGGUUGAUCCGUUCAAGGAUUAUUGGACCGUGCCAAAGGAGAAGGAGGUUUCUACGAAUGUGGAGGUUAAGGACGGAGUUGCGCCUAUCUUCGCUGCACCAUCCUCAAAGCCGUCAACGGUCAAACGGGAAGCGUCAACAACUACAGGUGAAGGCAAAGGCCUCGCCGCAUUCCCACCCGCCUACCUACCAGCCUUUCUUCGAGCUAUUCAGGGCUCGACACUAUCUCAACUCCUGCUGAUCGAAACGCUACGACAACAGUUUAUGGGAUUCAAGAUUAAGAAGAAUCUGAUCACAGCGACGUUGAAAGACGUUGCUACGAGGGAGGGAAAGAAGGAGGAUGAUAAAUGGACCGUGCGAGGAGAUCUUUUGGAGAAGUUCGGACUGUCAUAG